UACAAGAUAAAGAAGUUGGAGAAGAGAAAUACGUAUUGGGUGAAAAGUUACUUCAAACACUUUUACCCAAGAAAAAUUAUAUAAUUCACUAUCAAGCUCUUCAGACAUAUAUGAAGUUCAGAAUGAAGAUUACAAAAAUUUAUGGCGUAUUAAAGUUUAAACAAACACCAUGGAUAAAAUCAUAUAUUGAGGAAAAUAUUUGCAAACGCAAGAUAGCUAAAGCCAAUAAAGAUGAAUUUGGUUUCAAAAUAUUUGAAGGUGGGAUAACUGCUAUUCAUAUGUUAAAAAGUACAGUAAUAUUAAAUAAGCCAAUUUUCGUAGGGCAAGCAAUUCUUGAUAUUAGUAAAGCUAUGAUGUUUAACUUUUGGUAUGGUUACAUAAAACCUCGCUAUGGAGAUAAAGCCCGUCUACUUUAUACUGAUACAGAUUCGCUAAUUAUGUAG